GCUUGCUUGCUGUUGCUCUUGCCGCAUGCUGCUUCGUGCCGUUGCCGGAGGAGCUGGAAGAUGGCGGAGCCGGACUGCAGCGCUCUUCUGGAUGAAGAGCUCUCCUCCUUCGUCUUCAGCUAUCUCGCCGACAGCCAGUAUGAAGUGACUGGUGAGGAGCACCUUUACUCUGAUUUCCCAGAGAUUGAUUUGUCCCAGUUGGAUGCCAGUGACUUUGACUCAGCCAAUUGCUUCAGCGAGUUGCAGUGGUGUUGUGAGCACUCCGAAACAGAGUCCAGCCAGUACAGCACAGAUGACUCCGAGCUCUUUCAGCAGAUUAUAGACAGUGAGAAUGAAGCGCUGCUGGCGGCUCUCACCGAGACACUGGGUGACAUCCAGGAAGAUGACAUGGGCCUGGCUGCCUUCAGAAAUAUGGACGAGGGGGACAUGUCCCACAGCAAUGGCACAUCGCCCGCCCCCUCUCCCAAACCGGUUGCCCCUGUCCCAGAGGUUGAUGAGCUGUCUCUACUGAAGAAGUUGCUUCUUUCUCCAUCCAAUGUGCCUCCAAGCUAUGAGGUUCAGAGAGAGGGGAGUGUGUGGCGGCAAGGAACCCCCAAAUCCAGACCCCAGCGACUUGCAGCAAAGGUGGAUGGUGGCCGAGACAAAAAGCCGAGCUUUCUGCAGGCUCAGAGUCGGAGCUGCACUGAGCUUCACAAGCACCUCACCUCCGCCGCCGCUCGCUGCCCGCACACAAAAGCCACCUGGCCCCCCAAGGAAUGCUGCAGUCAUGCCGGCACCAGCAGCGGUAGCAGUGACCCCGAGAGACACUGUGUCCACAAUGGAGAAGACAGUGACUCCAGCGAGGACUUGCUGAGCGACGGGAACCUGGCAGCGACGCCGCCCUCCUCUUCUGAGGAAGGUGCUGGAGGGAAGGAGCUGCAUGCUGCGGUGGAGCUCAUCCGCUACAUGCACACCUACUGCCUUCCCCCAAGAAAGCUGCCCCCCACCCAGCUCGCCGACAUGAAGCACCAGCAUUUCCACAGCCCCUCCAAGCGCGCAAAGCCAGAUUGCCCGCUGCAGAGGCCUCUGCUCUGGGGAAAGGACAGCGGCCCAUCCAGCUCUUGGUGUCCCUCCACAGGUUGCUCCCUGUCCAGAGACCCUCCUUCGGAGUUCUCCAUUCUGAGGGAGCUGCUCACCAGAGACCUUGCAUGUGAUGUGAGCAAGCCAUACAGACUGGCCAAGCCUGUGUACGCCUCCUUGGCCAGGUCACAUCCUUCCAAAUCCGCAAGAGCUCUGCCGCUCGAGACCAGGGGGGGAUCCGCAGAGAUGUGUAAGUCCAUGGCGAAAAUGCCAGCGGAAGCAAAAGCUGAGCCCAGACAUACUCCCAAAGCAGAGUCUAAGAAAGAGACUGGCAGCCCUGCAGAGGAAGAGGGUGCAAAGCGAGUGGCUCUCUCGGCCCAGCCAGCCUCUGGCAAGGCGGGUCGCAAGCAGGAGAGCUCUGUAUAUGCAGUGCGGCGCUCCAAAAGACUCAACCCCGAGCUCAGCCUUUGGCUGUCGUUGCUUGACGAGUGCCCCCUGGAUUCUGCUGCAUCCACACUGGCAGCAGGGAACAAACCUGCCUCUGCAGAACCAGCCCGGUGUUCAGCUCUGCAGGACUUUGACACAGAAGUGCCGGCAGCGGAGGUAGAAGUGAGCGGUGCUGACGAGGUGGACGGCAGAUAUCAGAGCCUCCCCAUGGAGCUGCAGACCCCUUCUCCAGAGAGCUCCGGAGAGAGUGAAGCAUAUGAGAUCAGCGAAAGACCAUGCUGCACAGAAGCACCCAGGUGUCUGUUGCUGCCAUUGGCACAAACAGAACCAACGUUUGGGAAGCGCAGUUUUGAGCAAGUACUGACUGUGGAGCUGUGUGGCACUGCAGGUCUCACACCACCAACUACACCACCAUACAAGCCUUCCGAGGAGGACCUGUACAAGCCAGACAUUCACCAGAGGCCAGCAAAGGAGACUGCCAUCAUCACCAGCGCUGAGCCGCAGCUAACGAUUGCAGAUGGGGCAACUUCUAGGAAGCCCCAGAAGAAGCACCCAGUGCGGACAGAGCUCUAUGCACACCUGAGUCGGUCUGCCACUCACCCCGAGCAGCAUGGGGUGUUGAAGCGCCCAUUCUCACGCUCGUUCGGUGACCACGACUACUGCCAGGUCUUGAAGCCUGAGGCCUCACUCCAGAGGAAGGUACUGAAGUCCUGGGAGCCUCUGUGCCAUGCGGAAAGCCAACACAAGCGGAGAGUGCCUGAUAUGCCCUACUGGGAUGCAAGCAAAAUCGAAACCUCGGUGAAGGAGGGCAGCAAACAGCUGAGAGACCAAGAGAUCCGAGCCAGCUUGACAAAACACUUUGGUCUCUUGGACAAUGCCCUAGAUGAUGGGCAGAUGGCCUUCUGCAAGACUCCUGAAUAUGACACUGUCUUUGAGGACAGUUGCAGUGAGAUUGGUUCCCCAUUGGAGGAGGAGGACGAAGAGGAGGAGGGCGAGGGUGAGGAGGAAGACGAGUGCUGCACAAAUCCAUUGGAAUCCAAGAUGUGUCCAUACAAGAAUCCUCUUUGUAGGACCAGUUUGCACUAUUGUUCCCGAAGCAGGUCUGAUUCAGAGUCUUCAUGCUGCAGGUCCAGGUCCCCAGCAAGCCGGUGGACUUUCAGAAGUGAAAAUGGCAAGCAGUGUCAAGAUGGAACCAUCAACAACCAGGGGCAGAUGGAGAAGAAAAGAGAAAAAGCCAUUGGAGAAGGCCGUGUAGUGUACAUCAGAAACCUUGCCAGCAGUAUGAAUUCCAGUGAACUGAAGAAGCGUUUUGAAGUGUUUGGAGAGAUUGUUGAGUGUUGCGUUUUGACCAGAAAUAAAAGGGGAGAUAAAUAUGGCAUCAUCACAUACCGGUGUUCAGAACAUGCCGCCUUAUCCUUGAAGAAUGGUGCCUCACUGAGGAAAAGAAAUGAGCCCUUGUUCCAGCUGAGUUAUGGAGGUUUUGGACACUUUUUCUGGACCAGAUACUCUGACUUGGAUUCCAGCACAGAAGAGUCCUCCCUGGCCCCGGUAAAAAGCAAAUACGAGACCAUGGAUUUUGACAGCCUGCUGCAGGAGGCUCAGGAAAGCCUGCAUCGGUAACAGCCUUAACCUUUGAGGAACACCUCAAUACCUCAGUCAAGGCACUUCCAAUAUGUUUACGUUUUCAAAGAAAUGAUCAAGUAUACAACAAGAACGAGAGCGAGAGAGCGAGCGAGACUGCUGUCCUUUUAAAUCGAUGUUUACAUUGAACGAGCUGCUUCUGUCUGUGAGUCCCCAUGGUGUUGACGUUCCACUGCCACACAUUAGUAGCUUUGCUUCUGACUGGUUGUGUUAGGAUGAGCCUGCAAAUGCCUCCUGUCCCUUCUUGUCUGCCCUUUCUCCAACUAGCCCCUCUCCCCCACUUUCGCCGUGGAGUUGCAGCUGUGUUCACCAUAACUUUUUUUUUGUCUGUAGUGUGUGAUGAUAAAAUUGUUAAUUGUGAAUAGAAUCAAGAUUGUAAACUAAUUUUUAAUAGAAGAAAGAAAUAUAUACUUAUAAUGUAUUUAUGGCUCAGAUGUACUGUAAUUCAGAUUUAUUGUACCGCUUCCUUGAUUUUUAACUAUGCACUGUAAUGAGGCACUUGCCCCUCAGCAGAUGCAGCUGUCCAGAAGGGUGUCCUGGGAAUCCAUUUCCAGGGGAAGCAUUCAGUCUGCCCUUAUGAGCCAGGGUGUGUCGGAGUGAGGUUCCGUAUAAGCCAUUCAUUUCAUUUGUAUGAGCUGGAUUCUGGGAUCUCUGGCAUUGGUCCCAUGCAGUGGGCGUGAUUCCGCUCUCUAGAGUGCAAAGGAAAGGAGUUCUCAGAUGGACAGGGAGAGGGGGAGAAGACACACGUUUGUGUUUCCUCCCUCUGCAUGCUGGAUGGCAGUGGUCACAAGGUCAUGACGCUGCAUCUAUCUUCUGUACCCAGGAAAUGGGACAGAAGAAAAUGUCUGCCAAAUCACACCAAAGGCCUGUCUAGUCCAACAUCACGUUCCCCACCAGGCAGAUGGCUAGUCAGAUGCCUCAGGAAAGCCUGUAAGGCAGUGGUCCUUCACCAUCGUGGCUCUUCAGCAGCUCCUUCUCGGAGGCAUGCAUUAGAGCCUGCACUGGUGGACACUCAUAAACUUAUCCAUGAUGACAGUGAGACUGAGAAGAUCUGAGAGCCACCCUGGGAGGAUUAUGCCCAAUGGUUCCUUAGCAUUUCAUGCAGCACAAUAGCAGCUGUUGUUUUACCAGCUCUCAGUAGACAAAGGGUGGGAGUUUGAAGUACAGGAACAUGGGGCAAUUUAUUCAAGACCAUAUGUCAUACCACUGGUUGCCUCAGGAAUGUGGGAUUUUUUAAAACCAUUUGGUCAUCUAACCAAAGCAAAAGAUCUCUUGUCUGGGGGGUACCAUGGGGUUCUUUCUGCAUGAACCAACAGGAAAGGGUCAAAAAGGUCUUUGCAUCUGGGCCAACCGUGAUGGCUCUUUGCUCAGAGGAGGCUAACAGAACAUGGGCAGGGCUGGCCCCCUCACUGGGCAGACUGAGGCCGUUGCCUCAGGCGGCAGGUGCUGGGAGGUAGCAGCAAGAUGGGAGAGGUUGCUGUAGGCCAUGCUGCCUGCCUGAAGCCCCCAAGGUUGUCUUCAGUUGUGGUGGGGGACGCUGUUCCGUGGCGAGCGUCAAAGAAGGAUUCCGCUCCAGGUGGCUUUGGUUCAUGGAAUGAGAGAAGGCAUCAUCUUGUCCUUUGCCUCGGGCCCUUAACUCUCUGCCCUGUUUUGUACAUUACUCUCCCAGCAAGCAGAGUCAAAUAAGCCAUAAUACAUACAGUCAUUGCUACUGUUAACGCUGCGAAGUGAGUUUUGGCCUCUCUCUCUCCCACUGCCUGCCAGGAAAGUUAUAGGUGUUACUGUAUGCCGUUCCUUUUGGCUUUCUCAUGGCUCUCAUCUGAUGCCCUCUUCCUUGAUGGGCUUCUUACAGGUCUUGAAGAGUCUUCAUAAAAGAAGGCAACAUAAUGUGAGUUAGGAUGUUUGAGACAAAUGAUUAUAGACAUUAUUAUAUACUGUUGGAGACAGUAUACUGUGCUAAAUGCACAGAAGGGUGCUUUUGUGCUAUCUUUGUCCAGGACAUGAAAGAAAGAACUUAGAAGCCAGUAGAAUUGUUAAGAGAGAGCAUUUUUCAGUGGGGACCUAAUAACCUUGCUAAGUCAAGUCCUCCGUUGCUCACCAUGCCUUUGCUUUAUUUUUCACAAACAUGGUGAGACCUUUGGGAUUCAGCCAUCCCAUGUAGAUAGUAUACAAUAGCCUUAAUUCUGCCACCAGUCUCUUCCCUUAAGGUCUCCCUGGCAUUAAUAUCUAUUUAUUUUGAAUAAAAAGACAGAAAUCACCAAAGGCAACAACCCAGCUGAAGCCUAACAUGCCAUCCUAAAGCUGAGUAGUUCCAUCGACUCAGUAAAGAUUGUAUAUGUUACAAACACCAUGAAAGAGAUCAAGGGUGUUUGGUCAAGAGAUCAACAAACACUCAUUUGUUACUGAGUCCUCAUUACGUGAGUAUUUCUGUCUUCUAAUUUUACAGUAACACUGCUCAUUGUGCAUGGUAGCAAACACAACAAUUUUCUGUGCUGUUGGCAAAAAUACAUCACACUGUUCCAGCUGUGAAUAUGUCGCUUGUGCCACCACUGUUGAGGAACUUACCGCAAGAGGUUGCAAGGCCCGUAGAACCUCCCCUAAAGUCGGGUCCUGACGAAGCAUCUGCUAUUGACAAGUGCCUCAUUGUAGCUCUGCCUUUUUCUGUCCUAGUAUUUCCUCACCACAAUGAUGUUUACAUGUGAUUGCUAUAGAGCUUACUGUAGAAUGUACAUAGCGACACAUUUAGGGUGGGUAGGACUGUCCUGUCCUGUGCUGUGCUGACGUUUUCAGAGAACAAUCCAACAGAGAAAAAAUAGUAACCACCCCAACAACCAACAAGUGGAAUUCUUCCAUCUCCUGCCUUGGUUACAAGGGUAGAUCAAAGUUCACGGUUGGCUUUGAUCGGAGAGAUGGAAAAUGCAUCAAAUUUUAAGCAUGUUGAAAGUGUUGAAUGCAGCUGCAAAGGAAGGUGGAGAGAGUCCUUCUGCUAUCCAGAAGGAGCUGCCUUCAGUGCGAGUCGCUUGCAAACAUGACUUUGUAUUUACCUGGUUUUAUCUCUCACAUUACUUUCAAGAGGAUGGACUUGCCAAUCAUAUUAGAGCAUGGAAGUGCAUGCUCUUUUUGGAAGAGGAAGGAAGAUCCUGUAACGCACACGGCCUCUCAAUCCUAUGUAUAGGGAGAGGUGCAAUAAGUGGUCUUUGUGUUGCCUGAAGCCUAUAAAAAGAUAUUAUUAAUAUUAUUAUUUUUUGCAAGUAACUUCACUGGACUUUAUGCAAUAUGCACACAUGUGCACAAACGCACACAGGUAUUGGAGCAGGGGGAAGGUAAUGGAGGGGCCCUGAGCCCCUUUCCCUGCUGCUGGGCACAGCAACAGCUGCAAAUUCAGCAGUGUUGAAUGUAGAACCUGAGUGACACGGUUUGAAAAGCACGCACAUUUCAUGCUGGUGAUGGCGCACCAGUACUACCUGUGGCUUAUUGAAAUGGCUAACGGAAGCACAGCUGUAUUAGAUUCAACCACACAGGGAGCAUCGUGUGAAAUCCCUUUCUUCUGAGCUAUACUUCCUGUAGCUUGGAAAGUUGUGGUCUAUGAUGGGAGGAUUUUAAGCAAGAGGUCUGCAUCAAAACUUUCCAGGAGGAGCAGGGUGCAAUAAAGAUCCUCUGUUUGUACAGCUGCCAGCUGCAGUGUUCCAAAUGCAUCGCAGGAUGUAGCUCUAUGGCACUGCUGGCAAAAACUUGAUUCAGUAGCAGGGUACAAAAAUCAGUAGAAUUGUAUAUGUGGAGCAGAGGUCCUGCUCUGUACUCCCAUGUCAGAUGGAUUAAUCAUAGACUUACAGAAGUUGUGACACACCAAACCAAGCUCAUCCCACCAGCCUGCUGGGGCCUGGUCACGUCCUUGCCUCGCACUACAAAAAGAGCUGUGUGUGUUGGAGAUGUCAUCGACCUCACAGUCCUGAGUAGGACACAAAUGUACUGUGCUCAGGAUGGUGAGUUGUAGAAUUGUGCAAGCAUUUGCCGCUACUGGAGCUAAUCCUUUUUUACUUUGAAAAACCAUGGUGCAGUCUCCGCGGCUCCAUAACUAAGUUGGAAGCCACUCUCUGUAUAUUAACAACUUGGGGAAAAAUCGGUUUAGAGCCAUGGAGCUGGAAAGGAAAAGUUGAUCUUUCUUUAGAACGGAGGGACUGAAAUGAGCUUUAUCUUAUUGCAACCAUCCCUGCCACUAACAUAUCUGGGCAGGUUCAUCCUUUGUGUAGUUCGAUUCAGCUCAUUUUAACUUCACAAGGACAGUAGAUGGAAACCCUCUGGCUAAGAAUAGCAGAAUGCUGCUGAUUAGCUAAGGAAGGGAGUUAAUUAUCUCAAUGGUCAUUUCCUUUGCCCUGCUUAAGAAUGCUCCUGUACUUUUCUCCACAUAGACUUUUGCAACGUCUGCCUAAAUUUAUCCUGUUCUUUCUCUUGGAAAUAUGCAUAAUGCCAGCAUCCCCGUGUUCAAGGGGCAGGCCGAGCCAUAACAAUGAGCAACAGAACAAGCCACGCCUUUAUAAGAACAGGCAAGAAACCAAAUAAAGAAAGAGAAUUCAUUUUCCAGGGUGUUUCGGAAUAAAAGGGUGUAUUAAGAAAGGCAAUCAUGAGGGAGACAUUUAUUUUUUUAAAUAGAACUGUGUGUGCGUGUGCGUGUGUGCGUGCGUGCGCGGGGGGGAGGGAGGGAGGGACAGGGAGAAACCUCUUCUAAUUUCCUUUUAUUUUGUAAAUCAGGAAAAAUACCUUAAUGAUAGGAAUAAGUCAUAAGCCAUUUCUUUAUUUUUGGUCCUUUUAAUAACCACUGUCUUAUGUGUAACACAACUCAGUAUUGCUAAAGUCAGCAGCUGAAAUAUUCAGAGGACAAAAAAAGACAGCAUCAUAAAAGACUGCACAGAGAAGAACUGGGUUCCAAAUCUCACUCUAAAUGAUUAACCUGUAUUUCCUCUCAAAGUGACUGAUCUGAGUUAUGCUACCUCCAUGACAUCUUCACAUCAGAGUCAGCAUGUAUUUCCAUGAGUAGAUUUUCUCAAUAGUCCGUGUUAAAAAGCCUUAGAAAAAUGUCUGUGUGUGUUUGUGAGCGUCUCUGUGACUCUAAUUUCCAUGUGUCAGCAGCUUGUCAUGUCAUCUGAACCUCAUGACCAUGGGUUAUGCAGGGAUUAAACAACCCAUAGCCUGUUUUAGGAUUGUUUAACUCUCACAUAACCCCAGACUUAGUCAACAUGACAAACCAUGUUUGCAGCCUGAAUAUUCAAAAUGGCUGCCAGCAAAUUGCUCACUAUCUGUAGCUGAGCAUUUCUUCACAUUGGUCUUAGAGCCAAGUAGUCUGCGUGUGAUCGACUUUAGCAAUAUGAGCAUGCAAAGCCGUCUCUUUUGCAUUUACGUCUUUUAUGAAGAUGCUGCAAAGAGCUGUUUGCUUUGGCCCCAUUCUCAUGUGUAUACUUUGAGACCAUUUUCCCACGAUCGCUGAUCCUCAUGAAUUGUUUUAUGUGGUCGUUGAUCCACCCAUAAAGUUUUCACAUAUGAUUGCAGGUACCUCACUGUACCUCAGUUGCAGUCCGCACCCCAAGUGAGACGGGUCUGUGCGUUCUGCUUUUCACCUCCAGAUGACCGCUAAUCUGCCAUUAGCACUGGGUAAAGGAAAUACACUGGAGGUCAGCAGCUACAGUGUGUUAAAACUAAUUUAUUGUAGGUUAAGUGCUACAGAAAUGUAACAGCCACACAAGCCAUAAUAUAUGUGAUGCAUCUAGCAUCAGGCUCUGUAGCUUAGGUGUCACUGACAACACGUAUCUGGGCUCACAUGAUCCAUACAUUCCUUACAUAUGGAUAACAAGCACGUCAGGGAGAAGGUUAUAGGGAGAACCUUGGUGCAGACUAAGCCAAUAUGUCCCACUGUUAAGCAAGAAGACGGCAUAUUCUGGUUGAUGUGAAUCCCUACAAAUAAAGGCAGCAACAGAUCGUGCUGUCACCCUGAGGUUCAGCUUAGGGGCAACAAGGCAGGCCACAUUGCAUGCAUCAGCAUGAGGUUCCUCUGUCCCUGGAAUGCAUGGAGGAGCACGUCAUCCCAGGUUAUGCUCCAAUGUGCACACAGAGCUCCACAAAAGCUGGGCUGCCCCAUUUUGCUUAAGAAUGGGGAAUCCCAUCCCUGAAAGCAUUUCACAGCAUGGGAGAGAAUGGGCAGCCCCCUUUGCACGGAGCCCUGUGUGCAUCAGAAGGUGCCCGAGCCCCUGGGUCGGGGUGCUGAAUGUUCCAAACAGUGAUGUCUAACAUCACUUUAUAGUGAUGUUAAAAACAACACCAACAACAACUAGUACGCUUUUUUCAUUUCCUCAUGGAAGAACCUUUGUAUGAUGUGAGUAGCAAGACAAACCCCAGGAGUGUCUGCUUUUUAUAUGGCAGUCCGUACAUUAGGAGGCAUUAUUUAUGAGAAAGUUGGAAAAUGAUAAAUUAAUACUACUGUUUGCAAUGUGUGUUUAUGAGUGUAUGUGAGCCAGAGAGAGUGAAGGAGACUAAAUUGAUGCAUUUCUUGCAAAGGUGUAAGAAUUUCACCUAAAAGAGGGGCACAUUUGCUAUUUGUUAUUUAUAAUAAAGCUAGAUUUUACUUUUUUGUUUUUGUUUUUGAAAAGGACACUGUUAAUAAUUAGAAGGGCCCAAUUCUGCUACUCUUUUACAUGUAUUAACUAAGUGGCAACUUACUCCUGGGUAAGUAAAAGCAGCAGGAUUGGCCCCUUUUUUAAUCAAGUUUUUAGUUUGCUGUUUAAAAAAAAUAUAGAGGAUUUUUAUAUUUCACUUAAUUUCCCCCCAGUUGUGUUCUGUUGUGUCCUUAUUUAUGUAAUAUACUUUAACCUUAAUUGGCAUAGAUUCUUAUGCCUUUCCUUUGUUAUUGUCAUUUUUUAAAAAAAGAUUUAUUUCUAGUGUGAUUUCAACGUCUACCUUCUAAAUGAGAUAAGGUUUUCUUGUAUUUUUACAUUGUCAGAUUCUAUAGUUUCGUAGAUGAUUUAACCAAAUUGCUCAAUGUAUUCUCUAUAUCUAUCUGGUGGAUAUAUAAAAGUUCUAUUUUAAAUUGUGUAAAUACUUCAGAACUGGCUUCUUUUUGAGACUCCCCUGCUGUGGAGUUACUUGUUUACAUCACAAAGACUGUAGAAUCUCUACAUUCAUGUACUGUAAAUAGUGAAGUGAUCUGCCUAUAAAUAAAUAAACCAUAACAAAUAUA